AUGUCUGGUUCAGCCAGCGCUUCUUCCCUGGCUCCGCCCCUCUCACUGUCGCUGCAGCCGCCCAGCCCAGCAAUCAUCAACUCAUUCCCUUUUGCUCUUGCCAACCCACCUUCACCACGUUCCUCCCUGCUCGUUCCAUCCCUUCGUUCACAUGCUCCUGCUUCAGCUUCAGUGCCGUUUGCACUCUCACCUCCUCCUCUUGGCUCCACUCCCUUGGCUUCUAUUCCUGCCUUCAAUCCCCCGUACCCAUGUCAGUGCUGUCGCCAUUGUCAGUCCAGGCAGCAGCAGCAGCAGCAGCAGGCAGCACCAACUACAAGUGGUACCGGCUACAUACUGCAGGCCGACCCACCUGUCACCUGCGUGAGUAAGAACCAGAAUGGCACCAGUCUCAACAAUGCUGCCAGGGCCAAUGUCAGCCACGCACCAGCUGUUCCACCAGCUUUUCCUGCUGAGGCAUCUGCUGGAGCUCCUGGUGGGCCAUCUUCAGCUGCUGCCGCAUCUGGCACUCGUGCACACGGAGCCAACAGCUCUGCAGUGGUGAGCAUUGAAGGGAGCGUCUGGAAGCUCAAGCCAAGUGACGCAAUACAGUUCCAGCAACAGCUUUUGGGUUCCGAGACCCAGGUGCACCCACAGCAGCAGUCGACACAGUCAAGGCAGCCAAUGGCCCGUCAGCUGCAGCAGCUGCCACUUCCUACUUCUCUUCCUGAGAAGCAUCAGGCAAAGGGGUCGAUGCAGCGAGCUCCGCUCCAUCGCUUGCGACUGGAGCAGGGAAACCAGCAGAAGGAGAACUGGCGGCAGGAUGUGGUUGGCGGGGCAGCAGGAGCUGCCAUUCUCGGCGGUGAACCCUAUCCCGCCCCUCCUCCUCCUCUGAUUCCAUUGCCCACGCUCCCACAAGCCCAUGCUACCUCUGGACCCAAUGUUCUGCUUGGUGGCUCGUUUGAUGUAACGAGGCCUCUGCCAAAACUCAUGCCGCUUCUCUUGUCAGCCAUUGCCAAUGCUUCGGCCACGCCCAUACCUGCAGAACUUCCAAAAUCUUCGCUGAUUCCAGUCUCUGGUUCUGCUGCUAAAGAAGCAUUUGCUGUUGAAUACACUUCGGCUGAAGGCUCAUCUGCUGGCCACGCAUCUGCUGGCAGUAUGUCUGCUCCAAUCGGAGCUCCUUCCCUGGCUCCGCCCCUCCCACUGUCGCUGCAGCCACCUAGCCCAACCAUCAUCUCAUCAGCCUUCGUUCCUGCAACUCCAUCCUCACCGCGUUCCUCCCCGCUAAUCCCAUCCGCUCGUUCAAAUACUCCUGCUUCAGCUUCUGUGCCACUCGCACUUUCACCUCCUCCUCUUGGCUCCACUCCCUUGGCGCCUCUUCCUGCCUCCACUCGCCCCAACCCUUGUCAGUGCUGUUGCCACUUUCAGCCCAAGCAGCAGCAGCAGCAGCAGGCAGCAGUCACACAUGACACGUGUUAUCCACUGCAGGGCGAGGCACCUCUCACCUACAUGAAUGGCACCAAUCUCAACAGCUGCAUGCUCUCCAGCAAUGCUCCCAGGGCCAGUGGCAGCCACGCACCACUUAUUCCACCAACUCUACCUCCUACUGCACCUGCUGGAAUUCCCGGUUCCACGUUGCUAUCCCUGAAAGCGGCUACGCAGAGUACUAGACAUCAUCCAGUGCCGCUGCCGUCUCUGCCCACGACAUCGCCAUCCUGUUUCUCUGCCAGGGUCAGCAUGAAUGCUGCUGGCGCUGUUGUUCCAUGCACUGCAGAUGGGGCACCUUCAGCUGCUGCCGCAUCUUCAGCAGCUCGUCCAGAGGAAAACAAGAGCUCUGCAGUGGUGAGCAUUGAAGGGAGCGUCUGGAGGCAUAAGCAAAGCGGCGCAACACAAUUCCAGCAGCAGCUUUUGGGUUUCCAGACCCAGGAGGAGCAACUGCAGCAGCAGUCACGGCAGUCAAGGCAACCAGUCGCCCGACAGCUGCAGCAACUGCCACUUCCUUCAUCUCUUUCCAGGAAGCACCAGGCACAGGGGUCAACGCAGCGAGAACCAUUCCACCGCUUGCUACUGGAGCGGGGAAACCAGCAAAAGGAGAACUGGCAGCAGGAUGUGGUUGGUGGGGCAGCAGGAGCUGCCAUUCUUGGAGGUGAACCCUAUCCUGCCGCUAUUCCUCCUCUGCUUCCUUGUCCCACGCUUCCACAAGGGCAUAAUCCCUCUGUGCCCCCUGCAUUCCUUGGGAAAUCCAAUUCCAAUUAUAGAACAGGGCCACUACCAAAGCUCAUGCCUUUUAUACUUUCAGCCAUUGCCAAUGGUAAGGCCAGUGCUCCUGCAGCAUCCCUGGCACAGUGCAGUGCAGUCCCCUGA